AUGGCGAACAAUAUGAAGCCCGAAACAAUGCUUAUGUCAGGUGUCACUGUCGAUUUUCCUUAUACACCUUAUCCAUGCCAAAUAGCAAUGCUCGCCCGAAUAAUUAAAGCUUUACAACAAUCAAAAAAUUGUCUUCUUGAAUCACCGACCGGUACCGGAAAAACUUUGACUCUUCUAUGUGCGUCAUUAGCUUGGCAACAAAAAGAAAUUGAACAAUUUCGAAUGUCUACACCAUUCAUUGAAAAUAAAGAUAAUGCAACAGAAGCACAAACAAAACCAACACCAGUAUCGCGUAUAUUUUAUUGUACUCGCACACAUAAACAACUCGAACAAAUAGCUAAACAACUUAAUAAUACAGUAUAUAAAGAUAAAAUUCGUAUGACAUUAUUAUCAUCACGUGAUAAUUAUUGUAUACAUCCAAUUAUAUCAAAAGGGCCAAAUAAAAGUCAUGAAUGUGCUAAAAUAACCCGCCAUAAUCACGAUCGAUCCGUAACACAAGGAGUAAACAGUGAAUGCGGCUAUUAUGAACGUUUACGAGGCAAAGUAGCCAAUGAUUUUUUACGACCAUUUGCAAAACCGUUACCACGUGUUUUUGAUAUUGAACAAUUUAAUGAUCAUUGCCAAAACAGCCAUGGUGUAUGUCCAUAUUAUACCAGCCGUUUAUUAAUAAAUGAUGUACAACUUAUUCUUUGUCCAUAUAAUUAUCUUAUUGAUCCGCGUGUACGUAAUUCAAUGCAAGUGUCAAUAACUAAUGCAAUUAUAAUUAUUGAUGAAGCACAUAACAUAGAAGAUUGUGCUCGUGAAUCAAUGAAAUUUGAAGUACGAAAAUAUGAUUUUGAACAAGCAUUACAGGAACUAUGCACAAAUCAAAAAGUACUAGAUCUAGCACAAAUCAAAAUAGCUGAAUUAAUUGUAAAUGAAUCAGGCUUUGCAUUAACACAAGAACCAUUGUCUUCAUCGCAUUUAACAUCUUCUCAACGAGAAUCAACACAUCGCGCGUCUGGUUAUUCUGAAUAUGAUGAAUUAAAUGACGACACCGAUUUACUUGACCAUUUACGUAUUGAUCAACAUGGAAAUCAACAUGAAACAAUACCCGAAACAAAUGAUAAAGUAACAUCUGAAUAUGCUGAUUUUGCUAAUGCAGUGAAAUUUCUUGCUGAACGAUUUUCUCGACUUAUUUUAUGGUUCGAUGAAAAAGAUCCACGUGAAAAAUAUGCAUUUACACCCAAACAGCUUAUUGAACAAUUUCAUCAAGCGAAAUUUAUCGAUCAAUCUGUUGUUGAUGUUCAUAAACCGGCAGUAAAAAAUCGGCCAGCAGCAACCCGACAUCGUGUUGUUAAAGAUGCUGUUCGUGUACGAAAAGCAUUAUCGAAAGGCUUUUUAAAUAAGCCAGAUUAUGUCAAAUUUUCAGAUGAAACUGUAAAAUUUUUAGAAGAUUUUGAUCUCUGUUUAUCAAUUUUAUAUGCUGAUGAUUAUCAAUUUGCCGAUGAAUACAAAAUAGUAUUGAAAACCAUUCCUUUUGAACCAAGCGCAAGUGCAAUUGCACAAAUGCAACAACGACCACAAAUUUCAACAGGAGAUGCGGAGGACAAUCAAUGGAUUGAUAAGCGUUCACAAUCAAGUCAGUUUAAACGAUAUCAGCCAAAUGUAACUCAAACAACUUAUCCUAUUCAUACACAACAAUUAAUAUUUUAUUGUUUAUCACCAAGUGUUGCAUUUGCUAAAGAUCUAAGAUUAGCUCGAUCUUUAAUCUUUGCUUCCGGCACACUUGCGCCCUUAGCAACUUAUGCUGGUGAAUUGAAAAUACCAUUUGAUAUUCAAAUGGAAUGUAAUCAUGUUAUUGACCUAGACCGUACAUUUAUGACAGCAUUAAGUCAUGGACGAAAUCCUAACGUUAAAUUACGAGCAACAUAUCAAAAUACAGAUAAAAUCGAAUUUCAAGAUGAAUGUGGUCUUAUUGUACUCGAUGUUUGUCAACGUGUUCCUUAUGGUGUACUUUGUUUUCUGCCAUCGUAUCGAUUUCUUAAUGUUAUAAUGAGCCGUUGGAUGGCAAGUGGACUUUGGCAAAAAUUAAAUGAACAUAAAGCAGUAUUUUUCGAAGAAAAAAGUAGUGCUACUUUUCAGAAUACAAUGAAUCGAUUUCGUGAAGCAAAUGGAACAUUACAAAUCGAUAAGUCAUUAACAGCUGCCGCUAAACGAGUCAAGGCAAUGUUUAAAAGAAAAACUGUACCUAGCGCUUCAUCAUUAGCAGAUUUACAACAUGUUCCUGUUAAAGGUGGUCUUUUGUUAGCUGUUUGCCGUGGACGUGCAUCUGAAGGUAUUGAUUUUUCGGAUAAUAAUGCACGUUGUGUUAUAACACUUGGAAUACCAUAUCCAAAUGUACAAGAUGAAGAAGUUGUUUUUAAACGUAAUUACAAUAAUGAACAAAAUAAGCGUAUGCCACAAGUUAUGAAUGGUAGCGAUUGGUAUGAUUCUCAAGCAUAUCGUGCAUUAAAUCAAGCACUUGGAAGAUGUAUUCGCCAUAAAAAUGAUUGGGGAGCAUUAGUGAUAGUUGAUGAACGAAUUGUUCAGAAUAUGAGCGAUAAACAUUUUAAUAAUAAAAUAUCCUUAUGGAUUAAACAACGUCUUUGUAUAUCACGUAAAUAUGAUGAUACAAUGAAUGCUUUAGAAAAAUUCGUUGAACAUAUGCAAAAGUCAGUUGAAAUCGAAAGACUUAAAAAUGAACAAAAAGAACAAAAUCAAGAAGCAGAGAAAAAUUUAACUCAAGAUGAACAAAACCAAAACUCAGAGAAAAAGUUAAGUGAAGAAGAACAACGUCGAUUUGCUUUUGCUUUUCCUUCAAUCAAAGAACUACCAAAGACAAUCGGAGAGAACAAGCCUACCCAUCGAGAAUGGCAAAUCACUGAUUUAAGUGAUGAUGAAAGUGCCAAAGAAAAUCAGCCUAGUUCAAUAAAACAAGAAGCUUUUGGCAAAUAUGUGGCUCAACGUCAACUAUGUAUGACUCCUCCGUCAAUACCAUCUCAAAAUAAUAAUGAAACUCAAAAAGAAAAAGCAAUAGAUCCAAAAACAUCUUCUAAUCAUCAGAAUAUUCGAAAUCGUGUGCAACGCCAUAAAAAGACACCUAUCAAAAGGUUUCAUUCGCAACGUGCUGUAUCGACAUCUUCAUCACCAAUAUUACCACAAAAAAUUGAUCUAUUUCGAACACAAAAAGUUAUUAUUUUAUCCGAUGACGACGACGAUGAUGAUGAUGAUGACGAUGGAGAUGGGGAUUUCAUUAAAUCAAAAGUAUGUUUUCAUCAACCAAGCAAAAAAGUUAAAACAGACAAAAGUUUUGUUUAG